AACAUGUCCCCUUCCUCUCCUCGUAGUUUAGGUUGGUUAUGCAAACGCAAUGAAGCUUUGCGCUCUAUGAGAAUGUGCUUUAUGCUCUACAAUAGAAGGAAAAUGAUGGACUGAGCGGGCAAAAUAAGAGAGAUUGGCCAUAAAUGCAGUGAACAUUCAGUGUGAGGCAGAAAGUACCAUGCCUCACCGUUAGGGGGCAGCGUUGAACCCCAAACACACAACAGGAAACAGCCCGAGUCAGUGUUGCGUACAUAAAUAAGAAGGAUGUCUUAUCCUUCACCCCAUGACCGCACCCGUAAAGGUGACGAGGAUGACCCCGUUGAUCAGAUGAUAUCCCGUACUGGCUGUGCUGAGCUACAUUAUGCUGUGCAAGAGUGCAUGGCUGAACAUCAGGACUGGAGAGUCUGCCAGAAGCAGGUUCAGAGCUUCAAAGACUGCAUGACAAAUUUCCAAAACGCUCAGAAAGAACGGCGGAAAGCCCAAUUGCAGACCUCUAACAAGUCAACUAGUUGAACUCACAAAUCCAUGUGGUUUUGGGAUAAGUUCAACAACUGUCUGUGACACUUCUAAAGCCAAACACUGUAAUAAAUGUCUGAAUUACCAAUUAAAAUAAACUUUGAAAAGUGACAUUGCUUGAACUUUUAAAUAUACAACAUUGAUUGGCUGAGUGGCUUUAAAUCUCAACUAAAAACCUACCUGUUUAAGUUUCUUUUGAAACAAUCAAUGAAACAUCAAUAAAAAAUCUGAUGUGUAUCAAUGGCACUUGACAAUUGUUGAGUGUGUGUUCUACAACUUUGUAUUUUUAUGUGUUUGUUUUUAGGAUAUAAAGCACUUUGAACUGCCUUGUUGCUGAAAAGUGCUAUACAAAUAAAUUUGAUUGAUAAAUUC